AUGUGCCUGCGCGGGUGCGGCACGGAAACCAAAGAUCAGCAAGCAUCCUUGCCGGGCGAGGUGCUGCAUAUUACUCAUUUCUCUGGUGAAGCCUCGCAGACACCAGCGUGCUGCACGGUCGGCACGCUGUACGACACACUCGCCCACGCACAGGGCUGCUCCUUGACCGCGCCUCCUUCCCUUGAGGUGUUUUUCGUGCGUCUUGCGUCCUUCGCGCCGCUGUUUCUGUGCCUUACCCCCACCAGCCACCCUGGUAGUGCUGCCCGCCAAGACAGCGCUGAGAUGCUUCUGGAAUACUGUGCGGGGAUGACUGCCUCUUUAUAUUCCACUUUGCACCCCUUCAUGCGACGCCUGCUCCGCGAUGUGCGCGUGUCAUGGCAACCGUGGCUAUCUUCACCCAAGAUAGCAAGGGUCAUUGCUGCUGCUGCUGCUGGUGGUAGUGCUGACGGUGAUUGGGGUUACGAGCGCUCUGUGCCCGAGCACGUCUCGCCGUCUUCUGUGUGCGAUUCCGCGGACUCUUCUCUGGAAGCGCUGCGUUGCUUGCCAGGCGACGGUGGCCGUUCAGGCACGCGUGCAGGCAAGCAUCGAUAUGUGUGCACCUCACAGGAUGCCGUAACGGCUGAGAACGCGUGGCAGCCGCUGCUAGAGCAUGUGCCACCGUUCUUCGUGGCUACUGCGCGGGUGCAGGCGAGUCUGCGGCGCGCGUACUCAGAUGCCAAGGCGCUGCGCUUGUUGGAUGCGUGGUCAUCUCAAAGUCGCUUGCAUGCCACCGCACCCCUUGACGUCGUGGCACACGCUGAGUGUAGAAAUCCUUCACGUCUGCGUUGCAAAGACAGCCGAUGCGAUGGCCCGUACGUGGAGGCGUCACCGUGCGGAACGGCUAUUCGAGCUCCAUCGCCGGAGCAGUGUCUGCAGGCCGGCUGUCCCGCCUGGCUACUGUAUAAACCGCAGCACGCACCUGCCACACUUCACGAAAAGUACAUGCUUUCACACUGCGUCGACGACUGCGGACCGUGGCUCAUGCACAUGGCGCUUGCGCUGGUGUGCGCCGUGGUCCCUUCAACUUCUCAGCCGCUCUCUGUCGUGCGCCAGAUAUUCUCAGACCACCAGAGGCAGCAGUGCUCGCUCUGGCAGCAAGAAAGGUACUCUGAGAAAGCGAUCGAAGCAGCUGACGGACUGGAUAUUGCACCGGCAGCGGCUCAUGCAGCGUGCGCGUCUUUCUUCCCUUGUGUGGAGGUGCUGCUGGACCAUCCACAGCUCGCUUUUGCAGUGCAGGUGACAGAGAGGUCAACCGGCUGCGUCUGUGCACGCUUUCCGGUGCCAAGCGAAGCUGGUGCGAGGACGGCGGCGCCAUCCAACAGGCUGCAAGAGCUGCAAGUGCAGCUGCAUCCAUCGUUUUCGCAUGCGCAGCGCGGCAGGGCGGAUGCGGCGCUGUCGGUGCUGGAGAAAACGCACCGCAUAACGGUGCUAGCGGAGGUGCCGCGGCCUCAACACAAGCGCGACGCUCCUUUCGACAUUUCACAUGUGUGCGCUGUUCGGUUCCACGAUGCGAGGGAUGGCGUAUUGACCGAGUCGCUGGAGGCUCUGCUGCAGCUACUGGAAAAAGAGUUGGCAACGACGCUUGCAGCGGGGAGCGUAUCGGAUGCAGAGCAGGCUUUUUUUCUUGGCGUGAGCGAAGUUGCGGGUCUUGGUGACGAGGCUCCCAUUCGACGGGAUGCAUCGACAACAGUGCAUGGGGCACGGUACGCUCCGGAAUCGCCGCGCCUUGUGCUUCUUCUCACCGCUGUCCACAGCGAUUCAAGGGUUAUGGAUGUUAUUGCCGUUGAGGGACGUACGCUGUGCUCGCAGCUGCGGAGGAUGAGGGCUGAUGACGCGACUACGUCUGGAACGGACGAAGAACAGGUGGCAGCCACCAAGGACAGACUUUUGCCCGUUCUCGCCAGAGUACUGCAGUCGCCGACGUUGGUGAAGGUGCUGCCGUCCUCCGCGUUCGUGGAAGACUCUCUCUGUGGUGCACACCUUCUGCGGCAACGCGGCCCCUCUGCCGUGCGCUGGCUACUCGACUCCCUUCGCAGCGAAGCGCUUACUAGUGUGUGCAGCCUUGAGCAUAUCGCUCACUACGUCGGCUACCCGGUCGACGGUGUCAUGCCGCUUACGCUGACGAGCGAGGCCGACUCGCUACUAGCGUCCACCAUCCUUUCUCGCUACAGGAGCGCCAUCGACACAACAACAACACCGCAAGGGAGCGGCAGUGGUGGCGAGACUAGGGGCUCGGCGCUAGAACAGAGCACGUCUGCCCGUGUCAUCUGUGGAGCUGCGACGGUCUCGCUCGCUGGCUCGCUGCUUCUGCAGAAUCACGCGCAGGAGCACCCGUUGCACAUGCCCCACGAAGAACGCGGAAAGCAUAAUGAUGGGAGCGCGACUGAGUCGACACUGGGCAUGACCCUGUUGUGUGCCUUGCAGCGUUGGGCGCGGGAGCCGACUCUGGCACGCCAACACGGACUCGCCCUGCGUCUGGAGCGAUUUCAGCGGUGGCUGGCACACGCUACGGCCGGCAACGUGGACGACCUCAUCGCGCAUUCUCGGGCCUCUUCAGAUGCGGCGGCGCGGCACCUUCCUAUGGGGUUUGCUGCCGAGCAGCGAUGCCUCGGCGGCCGCGAAGUGACUCUUCGGGACCUUGUCAGCCGCUUUGGGCCGGAGCCGCUGCCCAGCCCGUGCUGGAUGCGCGGAAGGCAAACGGCCCACUCCCGAAAAGUCAAACGCGGCUGUUGCGAUGCCGGUGUGGCAACGGUGAAGGACACGGGGGACCAGAUAGUCAAGGCAAAGAGAUCCGACUCAGAGGAACGUCCUUCUCUGCCGUUCCCUGCGGAGCUUUCUGCGUCGGAAGGGCACGUGGACGUCGAUGCUCUCGUGCAUGACGCGCUGGUUCGGGAGGCGGCUGCGGUGCUUCAGGCAGUAGCGAGGCAUGCGUCACCCACCAAAAUAGCGGACUCAGACGCCGCGACGAGCACUCCGCUCCAUAACGACGCUGGCCUCCCACUAACUCCUAAAGAGGCGUCGACGGACGCUGCAUGCUCUCGUCUCCCUUCGCCCCCUUGUUCGCCACGGUCGGACGCUUGCGCGACGUCAGGUGCGGGUGCUCCAGUCGAGGAAGACUCGCUACAGAGUUACCUGUCGACACUUUUCGAUGAGGCCGACGCAAGGCCGACGGCAACGACAUCGCUGCAGAGGCCUGGCCCGGCUGCGCAGUCAUCUGCUUUGACGUCGUCGGCGCAGCGACCGGAGGGGGAGACCACAGGUGCGGACCCUGUCGGGGCGCCGAAUAUGGUGCCAUCGCUGCGAUCAACUACAGCGGUUUCCGGCGCAACUGAUCUAUCCACUGACCACCUCCCCGCCGCCCCUGCCUCUCACCCAGCUGCAUGUGGUUUUGAAGGUAGCGGGAGGGACGACCCACCCACGGCGAAGGCCCCGGUCAGCAGCACUCUUGCUUUGCCGAUGGGCUUUCUCUACGGCCCCGCCUCCGUUAUCACCACCUCUAAAUCUUUCGCCGCACCAAGGCUGGCGAGCGCGAAGAGCGGCGCAGGCGAGCUGAGCCACCCCCUGAACUUUCCGGUGUCUCCCGGUUUGUAUGGCAGUCGAGAAGCGCCGCGACAAGGAUGGCCGCCGCCGCCGAACCAGUCAGCAUCCAUCAUGGAGUCCGCAAAAUCGGCACCGUCGUCUCGGCAGUCGCCUUCGGAAGUACUCACCACAUACCACCCACCGUCGCUCGACGCCAACUUUGCACCGGUGGCGCGUUUUGACCGCUUCGCACCGUGGAGGCAGUCAGCGCCUAGCGCACCAAACCCGCAGGACUCACCUCCCUCUCCGCCACCGCAGUCGCCGUUCUCCUCCCCAUGCGCGAUGCCGUCUACGUGUCAGAACGAGUCAGCCCAACCGCCGCGACCAGCGUCUCUUUCCUCCGCGACACCCACGGGGUCUUCACUGCAGACGUUUUUCUCGUUCGACUCCAAGGAUGCCGAGCGGCUUCGCUUGAGAUCGCUGCUGGUCGACACCCUUCGCGGCACCACUAAGCGCCCACCGCCAUCGCCGCGCCGCUGA